CACAACGCGAUCGAGUCGUGCUAUCAUCGAAGCCCACUACAAGCACCAAGCACAAUGAAAUUGUCAACACUCUCCUGUGGCCUUUUGGCCUGCAUUUCCCCACUGGUGUCUGCGACGGCUCUCACGUAUAAGCUUGGGGCGAACGAAAAAGCAUGUUUCUAUUCUUGGGUUGAGAACAAGGGUGCAAAGGUCGCUUUCUACUUCGCUGUUCAAUCAGGAGGUUCCUUCGAUAUCGACUAUGAGGUUGUGGGCCCGCAGGACAAGGUCAUCUUAGAUGGUCAAAAGGAGCGACAGGGCGAUUUUGUCUUCACGGCUGGCGAGACGGGCGAGUACAGAUUCUGCUUCAACAACGAGAUGAGUACCUUCGCUGAGAAGUUUGUGGAUUUCGAAAUUGCUGUCGAGAAUGAACAGCGCGCUUCUCUACCAGCCAAACAAGGCACCUCACCCGAGCAAACCUCCGCAUUGGAAGAGUCUAUCUUCAAGCUCUCAGGCCAGCUUUCGACAAUCACAAGGAACCAGAAGUAUUUCCGCACCAGAGAGAACCGGAAUUUCAGCACGGUGAGGAGUACCGAGAGGCGCAUUUUCAACUUCAGCGUGAUUGAGAGCUUGAUGAUGGUAUGCAUGGCUGGGUUGCAGGUGUUCAUUGUUCGGUUCUUCUUCCAGGGCGCAAGGAAGGGUUACGUGUGAGUUAUCGGUUUGGAGUGGACAUUGGGCAUUCUUUGGCAUUGGGGGAGUCGAAACUUUAUGUGU